AUGGACUCUUUUAUCUACACCAGCAGGCCUGGCAGGGUCGUAUUUGGCCAAGGCAAAGUAAAGACACUGCCAGACGAGGUUGAUUCGCUCGGUGUCUCACGAUGCCUUGUUCUUUGCACUCGCCAGCAAGUUUUCGAUGCGAAGAAACUGACAGAUCUGUUGGGCGACAGAGCUAUCGGUAUCUUCGACAAUGCAACUAUGCAUACACCGGUCCAUAUCACAGAAGAAGCACUGGAGAUGGCAAAGACUCAAAAGGCAGAUUCGGUUGUCAGUAUUGGUGGAGGCAGUACCAUCGGUCUAGGCAAAGCGAUCUCGAUCAGGACAGGCCUCCCUCACAUCUGUAUUCCUACCACGUAUGCAGGAAGCGAGAUGACACCAAUUCUUGGAGAGACCGUAGAUGGCCAGAAGACUACAAGAUCCCAUCCGGACAUUCAGCCAGCUGUUGUCAUCUUCGACGUGGACUUGACGAUGUCCCUACCUGUUGGUCUGAGUAUGACGAGCAGCAUCAACGCAAUUGCACAUGCCGUGGAAGCAUUGUACGCAGUCGACACGAAUCCGGUCAUCCAAAUGCUGGCCGCAGAUGGCAUACGCAGCCUGGCAGAGGCUCUGCCAACCAUCAGACAAGACCCCAGCUCAGUCUCAGCCCGAACGAAGGCACAAUAUGGUGCAUGGCUAUGUGCGAUCUGUCUCGGCAGCACGAAAAUGGCUCUCCACCACAAGAUCUGUCAUGUCCUGGGUGGUUCCUUCAAUCUGCCUCACGCUGAGACACAUACCAUCGUCUUGCCGCAUGCACUUGCAUACAAUGCAUCCUCAUGUCCUCAAGCGAUGGAGAUCUUGGCGCGAGCCCUGCCAAACAGUGAUGGUGACGCUAUCAAGGGAUUGAACUCGUUGCUGGACAAACUGGACAUGCCACGCGAUCUGGCACGGUACGGUAUGCAGGAGAAGGACAUUGAGAUCGGAGUCCAGCAUGCUCUGUCCAACGCUUACUCCAACCCUCGAGAGAUUGAGGAGAAGCCUCUUCGGGAGAUGAUUCGCCGUUGCUGGGCAGGUGAGCGGGCGGUACAGGACCUGUAA